AGGUUCCAUGCCAAGACCCUCGUCGAGAAUCCAGCAAAGAGAGACGCGGCCGAGGAAGGGGAUUUCGCUCCAAUGCCGCGCUUAUUGUCUUCGCUCCUCAGCCUGCGGCGGAACCCGCGUGUCCUCAAGCUCCCGCCCUACCUGUCGCUGCUGUGCAUCGUCGUCGGCAUCGCUUCGCUCCUCGUCCUGCCGCUCGACAGCCAGUCCCGACGCACCUAUAUAUCUGAGAACGCGCUGCUGCCAGGGCAGGUACACACGUACUUUGCCGGCAGCGACCAGAACGUCUUUCGCGCCUACAAGCACGAGGUGGACCGGCUGCUGGACAAGAGCAAUGUUGAAAUAAACGACAAGCUCGAGAGCAUCCUCGGCGACGUGGGGCUCAAGACGGCGCGGCAGAACUUCACCUACACGUCGUCUGGCAUCGUACACUCGGGCGAGAACCUCUACGCGCUGCUGCGCGCCCCGCGCGGCGACGCCACCGAGGCCAUCGUGCUGGUGGCGGCGUGGCGCAACCCCGCGGGCGAGCCGAACCGCAACGGCGUGGCGCUCGCGCUGACGCUGGCGCGCUACUUCCGGCGCUGGUCGCUGUGGUCCAAGGACAUCGUAUUCCUCCUCCCGCCCGACUCGCUGGCGGGCCCGCAGGCGUGGGUGGACGCGUACCACGACGCGCACGACGCCUCGGCCGUGGCCUCGCUCCCGCUCAAGAGCGGCGCGCUGCAGGGGGCGCUGGCGCUCGACUACGCGCGCGAAGGCCGCUACGAGAGCGUGCACGUCGUCUACGACGGCGUCAACGGGCAGCUGCCCAACCUGGACCUGAUCAACAGCGUCGUCAACAUCGCGGGCGGCCAGAUGGGCAUGGGCGUGUCGCUGCAGGAGAUGUGGUGGGGCGGCGGCGACGGCUACGCCGACCGGCUGCGCACCAUGCUACGCGGCAUGCUGCGCCAGGGCCUGGGCGCCUCGACGGGCGCCCACUCGUGCUUCAUGCCCUACCAUGUCGACGCCGUCACGCUCGCGCCCCACGGCGACGGCUGGCAGGACGAGAUGGCGCUCGGCCGCGUCGUCGAGGGCACCUUCCGGUCGCUCAACAACCUGCUCGAGCACCUGCACCAGAGCUUCUUCUUUUACCUGCUCAUGCACCGCGAGCGCUUUGUGAGCAUCGGCACGUAUCUGCCCAGCGUCAUGCUGAUGGCCGCAAACUUUACCAUCAUGGCUCUGUACCUGUUCUCCAAGGCCGGCCAGACCGGGGGCGGGGUCGAGGGUGAGGGUGAGGGCGAGGGCGAGAAGACCAAGGACAAGACGGUGUCCUCUCCCGACGCAAAGCCGGUCGAGCGUGACCUCCUGGCGCCCUUAUGCUUCGUGGCAUUCUGCCACUUCCUGGGCUUCAUCCCUCUGUAUCUCUUUAACCAUGUCCCCGCCGGGCUCCUCGUCCCCUUGGCCGCCUUCUUCGCCGCCUUCAACACGGCCUUCCCGCUCCUGGCCUCGCACCUCCUGACGUACAGGUACCGCCUCACGCUGCAGCAGUACCACCUGAUCCACGCCUUCUCCCUCCUGCUGCUCGGCAUGUUCGUCGCCUGCCUCGCCACCCUCAACUUCUCGCUCGCCUUCUGGCUCGCCCUCCUCUGCGCGCCCUUGUCCUUCUUCCGCCCCUGGCCCGCGACCUCGCCGCGCGGCUACGGGGUUCGUCUGCACCUGCAGCUGCUCAUCUCGGUCCCCGCCGUCGUUGUUGCGUGCUGCGUCGCCUGGGACCUGGACCUCGGCCGCGUCCUGCGCGACGCCGCCUUUGCCUGGAACGUCUGGGGCACAUAUACGCCGCUCGUCGUGUGGUGCGUCUGGUGGCCCGCCUGGCUGGCCUCGUGUGUGGUGCUGAGGGGAGGACCUGGGCUUAAGGAGAAUAAAUAGUAUUUGGGCCAGGACGUUGUGUGUGGGACUAGAAACGCCAACCAAAUGGGCGUGUUCUAUAAUAUACAAAGGGCUGACUGUGAUGUAUCCAAAUGCCCGUUAACGUACCAGGAAUAGAAAUGGAUGUACAAGCAGCGCUGUACAAGCAGCGCUGGCAAAAUGAAGGCUAAACCCGUACCCUUAAAAUUGCCAAGGCACAAGUUAAUUGUCCGUUUAAAAGGUCGGCACGUUGACGGCACCUGGCGG